AUGUCAUCCUCCAAUUCCGCGCCACAAGACAAGCCGAUCCCGGUCCUCCUCCUCAAGACGAAAUCCAGCCCAUCCGACGCAUACGAAGACCUCUUCUCGGCCCCUUCUCAUACUCCCCUCUUUGAACCAACUUUUGUGCCCGUCCUACAACACAAAUUCGAAGAAAAGGGGGUAGAUAGACUCCGAAACUUGCUCCGCCAGAAGCGCAUCGGGAGCAACCCGGACUGCGAAUUCGGCGGGCUGAUAUUCACUUCCCAGAGGGCAGUCGAGGCAUUUGCGCAUGUAGUCCGAGAAGACGAAGCAUCAAAUGAUGAUCCCGCAUGGCCUCACUUACAGCACAUCCCCAUCUACAGCGUCGGGCCAGCCACCACCCGCGCCCUAUCCGCCGUCUCCCAACAACCCCCCCUCCAAAUCUUCGGCAGCCACACCGGCAACGGCGAUGCCCUCGCCCAAUUCAUCCUCAGCCACUACACCGACUGGCACCGCAAAGACCAUCCCCGACAACUGCCCCCCCUGCUCUUCCUCGUGGGCGAGCAGCGCAGAGACAUCAUCCCCCGCACCCUAAUGGACCCAUCUCUCCCCGAAGACCGCAGGAUCCCCGUCGUCGAAGAGGUCGUCUACGGCACGGGCGAGAUGCCGUCGUUCCCGGACGACUUCGCAGCGAUAUUGAGCAAGACGCAGCAUAGCCCCUCGCGGUGGGUCGUCGUCUUCUCGCCGACGGGCUGUGAUAGCAUGCUUCGCGGCCUCGGGGUGCUGGAUCCUUCAACGGGCAAGUUUUCUGGAUGGCGGGAUCGAGGGACGUUUGUGGCUACGAUUGGUCCCACGACGAGAACUCACCUUGUCAAGAAUUUUGAUUUUGAGCCUGAUGUCUGUGCUGAGACACCGACGCCGGAGGGAAUACUAGAGGGGAUAGUGGCUUUUCAGAAGAAGAGACUAGAGGGGACUGCAUAG